AUGGCCGAAGAGAAGACUUUUCGUAUUGGCUUCAUUGUGCUGGGGUUCUUCCUGCUGGCCCUUGGCACGUUCCUCAUGAGCCACGACCGGCCCCAGGUCUACGGUACCUUCUAUGCCAUGGGCGCUGUUAUGGUGAUUGGCGGCGUUGUCUGGAGCAUGUGCCAAUGCUACCCUAAGAUUGCCUUUGUGCCUGCGGAGUCGGAAUUCCAAGGCAUCCUGUCCCCGAAGGCGCUGGGGCUGCUGGAGAACAAGCUGGGCACUGAGGUGAAGAGCCUCCAGCCUCCCUACGUCAGGCUGUGGGAGGAUGCUGCCUAUGAUCAGAGCCUGCCUGACUUCAGCCACCUGCAGAUGAAGGUCAUGGGCUACAGUGAAGAUCCCCGUCCCCUGUUGGUCCCUGAACCCGGGCAGUCCCAGCCUGGAGCCUGUGAUGGAGGGGAAGGCUGUCUGGUUGACUCUCAGGCCUGGAUGGAGGCCACUGUGGUGGUCCACCGGGACUCAGACGAGAAUGAGAUAGAAAGAAUCCCAGCUCAAAGCGGGUCCAGCCCCCCAGCCUGUCCUCAAGGCCCUGCACCCUUGGCUUCCUUCCAAGAAAACCUGGACAUGGACUCCAGUGAGGAUAGCAGCCCCAACCCAUCUCUACCAAGUGGGGAGGAGCUUUGCCCACCACCACCACCAGAUGCACUGGCCUGCGGGUGCCGGCUGGACCACUUCAACGACUUUGCCCUGAUUGAUGCCCCCACAUCAGGGGACCUGCCCUCAGAGAGACCACAGCAGGAUGUGGUCCUGCCCAGACACUGGCAACAGUAUCCUAGGAUGAAGGAGGAAGAGGCUUCAGACACAGGCAUGGAGGACUCUCAGGAGGAAGAUGACUUGUACUAUGGGUUGCCAGAUGGCCCCGGGGACCCCCUCCCAGACAAGGAACUGGAUUUUGAGCCCGAUGCCCAAGACUGA